AUGUCCUGCCUGCCACGUGGCAGCGUGCUAGUGGUGGGCGCGGCUCCAGUGCGGUACAUGGCCGGCAUAGUGCCGUUCCCCUACCGCCCGGACUCGGAUUUGAUCUACCUCACGGGUUGCUGCCACCCGGGUGUUGUCGCUGUGAUAGAAAGCGAUGGGGGGAGUGGGAGUGGUGCUUCUAAUGGGGGGACUCGGGGACCUUGCAAACAUUUCGCCCUUCUCCUCUCCCCACAACCCAACCUUCUCUUUCAUCCACUCAAUCACAUUCAAAACCCACCUCAAGUCGCCCAACUUCCCCCUCCUCGAUCUCAAACCAAUCUCACUCAGAUGGUGAUGGUGGUGUGGGACGGCAGGGCGUUGGAUCCACCAGCUGCCACGGCCUUUUUCAAACCAGACAGAGCCAUGUUCGUGGAUUCGCUUCAUGAGUACCUGCUCCAGGCCCAACAACGCAUCUCAGCACACCGACUCUCCUCUUCCUCCUCCCUCCCCUCCUCUUUCUCUUCCGAUCGCUCUCCUCCCCCUCGCUUCUACUGUGACCAUCGGGCCAAUCGCGAUCUGAUUGCUACAGUACCGGUUCUCGCCGCUGAGCUGGCGACCGGGCGGCUGCUGUCGUCCCGUAGCGCCUUGGACGAGCAGCGGUGGAUCAAAUCCGAGGCGGAACAGAGGCUCAUGCGACGGGCGGCUGAGAUCACAGCAGAGGCCUUCCUGGCUGCUAUGAGGCAGUCAGCAGCCGUGGCAGCGGCAGGAAGAGGGGGAGCAGGAGGAAGAGGAGGAGGAGGGUCUGCUUCUGCUGCGACCUAUAAAGAGGGACACAUAAGGGGGUCGUUGCCACACGAGGGGCACAUAAGGGGGUCGUUGCCACACGAGGGGCACAUAAGGGGGUCGUUGCCACACGAGGGGCACAUCUCUGCUCUGAUCGAGUUUGAGUGCAAGCGACGGGGAGCACAGCGAUUCGCCUACCCUCCAGUGGUGGCAGGCGGCAGCAGCGGCUGCAUUGUUCACUACCUUCGCAACGACAAGCCAGUGCAACCAGGGGAGGCGCUACUGGUGGAUGCAGGGUGUGAGUACUUCGGCUAUGCAUCCGACAUCACUCGCGUGUGGCCGCCCUCCGGGAAAUUCUCCGCUGCCCAGAGAGCAGUGUACGAGGCAGUACGGGAGGCGAUGGUGGAGUGCAUUGCCAUGUGCCGGCCGGGCGCCACCCUGAGGGACAUGCACCAGCACUCGGUCAUAUCCCUCUCCUCGGCCCUGGUGCAGCUGGGAGUGUGCCAGGGCUCGGCACAGCAGGUGGCAAGAGGAGCCUUUCGACAGUUCUACCCGACCUCUGUUGGGCACUGGCUAGGGCUGGACACACACGACUGUGCAUCCGUCUCCUCCUUUCAGCCCCUCAAACCUGGUGUGGUGCUGACAAUUGAGCCGGGUCUCUAUCUCCCGGACAUUGACCAAGUGCCAAAGCACCUGCGCGGCAUAGGAGUGCGAAUAGAGGAUGACAUUCUGAUCACAGCUGAUGGAUACGAGAAUCUGACAGCAGCAGUUCCGGCCGAUGUGGAUGCUUUAGAAGUGUUGAUAGUGUUGGCAUUGACUGUGUGUGACAUCAACAGUGCUAUACCUACCUCAUUUCAUUCCCUCCUAAUGUCCGCCACGCCAUUCCAUUCCCUCCGUAUCUUGCAGCAUCUGACAGCAGCAGUUUCAGCGAAUGUGGAUGCGCUAGAGGAUGGUAGCGGCGACCGCGCGCUGCCGUCCAUAGGCGGCAUCAAGAAGAAGAAAAAAAAGGCCGGGAAAGCCGUUAAUCUCGACUCGCUGCAGCUGCAAGCGCUUCGAGACGCCGAAGCGGCGCUUAAGGAGGAAGAGGCGCGCGGCGGCGCGGCGGGAUUGCACGAGUCAGGCGCAGUUGUCGUAGGGGGGGCGGGGGGGGAGGAAGAGGGGGAGCAGCAGGCGCAGGAGGAGGCGGAGGAUCUCCGCACGCCCGCGGAGCGGCGGUAUCACGAGCAGCUGGAGAAGCUAGAGGCGGAGCGGGCUGCUAGGGGCGCGAGUAAGUCGCACAGGCAACGCGUGGAGGACUUUAACAAAUACCUGGCGAAUCUUAGCGAGCACCACGACAUUCCCAAGGUCGGCCCGGGCUAA